AGGGCCGGAGCCGGGGAGGCGGCGGCGGGGCGGCUUGAAGUUUCCGUUUCCUCCCUCGGUCCGUGCGGGUGUGUCCCGGGUCCGGGUCCGGGGGCGAUGGAGGUGAGCGGGGCGGAGGACGAGCCGCAGCCGCCGGUCCAGGUGCGCUGCCCCGUCUGCCAGCAGGGGCUGCCCGCCGCACACAUCAACUCCCACCUGGACCGCUGCCUGCUGCUCCCCCCCGAGCCCCCCGAGCCCCCCGAGCCUCCCGCCCGGACCCCCUCCGACGCCAAGAGAGUGCGCCUGGACCGGCCCGGGAGCCCCGACGGCCCGAGCCCCGCCCCCGCCCCCUUCGCCCUCUUCUCCCCGCGGCCCCGCGCCCGCCUCGGGAGCCCCAAAGCCCCAUCCAACAAGCCCGGCCUCCGGAGGCCCGCAGCCCCCGCACCGGCCCCCUCUCCUCCUCCUCUUCCUGCUCCUGCUCCUGCUCCUGCUCCUGCUCCUGCUCCUGCUCCUGAGGAGGAGCAGGAGGGGUCGGAGGGUGCGGGCGGGGCGGCGGGCCGGCGGCGGCGGCGGCUGGAGGAGCGGCCUCUGGCCGACGCCAUGCGGCCCUGCCACCUGCGGGACUACGUGGGGCAGAGCCGGGCCGUGGGCGGCCACACCCUGGUCGGGGCCCUGCUGGAGGCCGACCGCCUGCCCUCCCUCAUCCUCUGGGGGCCCCCGGGCUGCGGAAAGACCACUUUGGCACACAUAAUAGCCAACAACUGCAAGAGGAACAGCACACGGUUCGUGACGUUGUCGGCCACAAGUGCCAAAACGAACGAUGUCCGAGAUAUUAUAAAGCAGGCCCAGAAUGAAAAGAGACUCUUCAAGAGGAAAACCAUCCUCUUUAUUGAUGAGAUUCACCGUUUCAAUAAAGCUCAGCAGGAUACUUUUCUCCCGCACGUGGAACGCGGGACCGUGACUCUGAUCGGGGCAACCACCGAGAACCCGUCCUUCCAGGUGAAUGCCGCUCUGCUGAGCCGCUGCCGGGUGAUCGUUCUGGAGAAGCUCUCGGUGGAAGCGAUGGAGGUGAUUCUGCUGCGAGCGCUAAGCUCCCUGGACAUCUGUGUGGUGGACCAAGGCGACCCCUCUGAUCGAGCGGACGGCGGCGGCGGCUCUGAGCCUACCGUGUUCAUCGAGAAGAGAGCCGUCAGCACCCUGGCUUACCUCUGCGACGGGGACGCCCGGGCCGGACUGAAUGGGCUGCAGCUGGCAAUUCAGGCCCGGUUAACUCCGGGGGCUACUAAACCGAGUGAUUCCCCGAGAAUUUUCAUCACCGAAAGUGACGUGAAGGAGGGACUUCAGCGAUCCCACAUUUUAUAUGACCGAGCAGGGGAAGAGCACUACAAUUGCAUCUCGGCCCUGCAUAAAUCCAUGCGGGGCUCAGAUCAGAACGCGUCCCUCUAUUGGCUGGCCCGCAUGCUCGAAGGGGGCGAGGACCCGUUGUAUGUAGCGAGGAGGCUGGUGAGGUUCGCCAGCGAAGACGUAGGUCUGGCCGACCCUCUGGCGUUACCCCAAGCCGUUGCUGCGUAUCAAGGCUGUCACUUUAUCGGAAUGCCCGAAUGUGAGGUCCUCUUAGCCCAGUGUGUGGUGUACCUUGCCCGAGCCCCCAAGUCCAUUGAGGUGUAUGGGGCCUACAGCAACGUCAAAGCCUGCCUGAGGAACCACCAGGGCCCCCUCCCCCCGGUCCCACUGCACCUGAGGAACGCGCCCACCCGGCUCAUGAAGGACCUGGGCUACGGCCGAGACUACAAGUACAACCCAAUGUAUAAGGGGCCCGUGGACCAGGACUACCUGCCCGAGGAAUUGAGAGGGAUGGAUUUCUUUAAGGAGAAGCAGCCGUGAAGCACCUCUGUCCACGGGACGGGAAGGAGGGGACCCGUGUUCUUUUUUCCUAAGGAACCAGGAGAGGAUCUGAGUGGAAAAUACCCGGCUACCUUCAAGGUGAUGACGAUUUCUAUUCACGGACCUAUUUCCGGGCCUCUGUUGGGCUCUUGUUGGCUGGCUGCAGCUAAAACAGCAAUCGUCAGGUCUGUAAGAGUUUUAAAAUCUUAAGGUCAGUGGCUCCGGAAAGUUGAAAAUUCUAUACAUUUGCACCGUAACCCAAUGUAAUAGCUUAGGAAACACAGACAGCGGUGUGCAAGAGAUGGAAGUAUUCUAAGUAACUUGGGAGUCUAUCGAAGUGAUAAGGCCCAGUUUCAAUUUGAAUUCAGUUGAGUAGGACUGCUUCUAUUGAAAACCGUUCUGUACAGUUUGUUGUUUAGAUGCAAAUAAGCAAUUGAAUACUACGUAAGAUUGUACAGAAUGUUUGCUUUGAUAAGAAAAGGUUUUUAUGAUUCAAUAAAGUUGUUUACAAGCAUUCUGGAA